AGCAAAUUAAGUACUAUCAAAAUUAGAAUCAAAUGUAUAGGACAUGAAUACAGCAAACAUAAUUUGAAAUUGUUUAAUUUUUUUUAACUAAGUAAAAUGAAACCCUUUAAUAAUAUCAGUAUAAGAUAUGUAUAUAUUAUAAAACUAACACCAUGACCACAGUAUCAUGUCUUGUAUAUUUAUACUAUGUAUCUCACACAGGUAAAGGAGGACAGAACCCCCACACCGGAGCCCGAGCCCGACUACACCGAGGCGGAUCUUCCGAGCCUCCAGGACACGGUGAACAGCCUCCAGCAGCAGUUUGACCAAUCAGUGGUGGAGAAACACUCCCUAGAGAUGGAGCUGCAGUCAAUGAAUGAACGACUCAAGGCCGCCACAGAAAUGGUCGAUAGCCUGAAGCCCCAGGAAGCGUCGUGGAGGAAGCAUGUGAAGGAGAACGAUUGUAACGAGUUAAUGUUGGCUAAUUGUCUGUCAGCUGCGGCGUUCCUGGCCUACUGUGGUCCCGCUAAUAUAGACGUCAGGAAUAGAAUGGGAGAGUUCUUUAUGCAAGUGUGUGAAUUCCAUGGUCUGCCCAUGCCUCGGAAUAAGCUGUUCAGAAAUAUGGAGCUGAUCGACUUUCUGUACAAACCAGCAAACGAGCUUCACAGCAGUACGCACUGUGAAAUUCUUUCAAUAAUUAAAACCCUUUCAGGAAAGGUCAAGACCUUUACCACAUCUCUCUUUGAAGAGGAUUGCUUAAUGGACGUUUUAGAUUUAUUGGUUACGCAGGAGGAGAUGGAUAGUCUAGACAGCGACAUCCGACCGGCGUGGAAGGAAGGGGGAAUGAUCUGCCCGGCAUACCAUUGUGAAGUCUGGCUGAACACCGACAAAUCCUGGGACACUGCCAGGAGAUCCAUGAAGCUUCUAUUGAAAUCUUCCACUGUGGAGUAG